AAGAAUAUUUGAGAUAAAAAAGGGGACUUUUUUUAGUUUUUACAGGAGCUGCUGGCCUUCGCCUCUGUGACGCCCACCCAAAAAUCUCUCCACUUUGUCCAAAAAGAGGCUCCGCGAACUCCCAAUUCCUUCGAUAAAGCAUGGCGGCGAGUGCGUCGUGGCAGCCGCAGGAGGAGGGGUUCCGGGAGAUCUGUGCAUUGCUGGAGCACCAGAUUUCUCCUACUUCUGCUGCGGACAAGUCACAGAUUUGGCAACAACUCCAGCACUUCUCCCAGUUCCCCGAUUUCAACAACUACCUCGCUUUCAUUCUUGCUCGCGCUGAGGGUAAAUCAGUGGAGAUUCGACAAGCUGCUGGUCUGCUGCUCAAAAACAACCUCAGAACUGCUUAUAAAUCCAUGGCUCCGGCAAACCAGCAAUAUAUAAAAUCAGAGUUGCUGCCAUGUUUAGGAGCAACUGAUCGGCACAUCAGAUCUACAGUCGGAACUAUUGUGAGUGUUGUUGUUCAGUUGGGCGGAAUUUUGGGAUGGCCCGAGUUGUCACAAGCCCUUGUAAAUUGCUUGGACAGUAACGACUUAAAUCACAUGGAAGGUGCUAUGGAUGCUUUAUCCAAGAUUUGUGAAGAUAUCCCCCAAGUACUGGAUUCAGAUGUCCCUGGGUUAUCCGAGCGUCCAAUCAACAUAUUCCUUCCCCGAUUAUUUCUGUUAUUCCAGUCCCCACAUGCCUCGUUGAGAAAGCUUUCCCUGGGUUCUGUAAAUCAAUACAUUAUGUUAAUGCCGGCUGCUCUAUAUGCUUCGAUGGACCAAUACCUUCAGGGUUUGUUUAUCCUUGCUAAUGACCCUGCUGGAGAAGUGCGAAAAUUGGUUUGUGCUGCAUUUGUUCAGCUGAUUGAAGUUUGUCCCUCAUUUCUGGAGCCACAUUUGAGGAAUGUGAUUGAGUACAUGCUGCAAGUCAACAAAGAUAGUGACGAUGAGGUGGCCCUCGAAGCUUGUGAAUUUUGGUCUGCAUACUUUGAUGCUCAGUUACCUCCUGAGAACUUAAAAGAAUUCUUGCCACGUCUAAUUCAAGUUCUGUUGUCAAACAUGGUGUACGCUGAGGAUGACGAGUCGCUAGUUGAUGCCGAGGAGGAUGAGUCCCUUCCAGACCGAGAUCAGGAUCUGAAACCUCGUUUUCAUACAUCACGAUUUCAUGGAUCAGAGAAUGUGGAAGAUGAUGAUGAUGACAUUGUUAAUGUAUGGAAUUUACGAAAAUGUAGUGCAGCUGCUCUUGAUAUUCUUUCUAAUGUCUUUGGGGAUGAGAUUCUUCCAACAUUGCUGCCAAUUGUUCAGGCUAAUUUGUCUGCUAGUGGUGAUGAAGCAUGGAAGAGAAGGGAAGCUGCUGUUUUGGCAAUUGGUGCUGUAGCUGAGGGUUGCAUUACUGGGCUGUAUCCUCAUUUACCUGAGAUGGUAGGGUUUCUUAUCCCUCUUCUAGAUGACAAAUUUCCUCUCAUACGGAGUAUUUCAUGUUGGACACUUUCUCGAUUCAGCAAAUACAUCGUCCAGGAUAUCGGCCAUCAAAAGGGCUAUGAGAAAUUUGACAAGGUUCUUACGGGCCUUUUACGAAGAAUUUUGGACACUAACAAGCGAGUCCAAGAGGCUGCUUGCUCAGCUUUUGCAACUCUUGAAGAGGAGGCAGCCGUAGAGUUGGCACCCCGCUUAGAAACUAUUUUACAGCACCUUAUGUGUGCAUUUGGGAGAUAUCAGAGAAGGAAUCUCAGAAUUGUAUAUGAUGCUAUUGGGACUCUAGCGGAUGCCGUUGGAGAACGACUAAAUCAGAUCGUGUACCUUGAUAUUCUGAUGCCACCUUUAAUUGCAAAGUGGCAGCAACUCUCAAAUUCCGACAAGGACCUCUUUCCUUUGUUCGAGUGCUUUACAUCCAUAGCACAGGCAUUGGGUCCAGGGUUUUCUAAAUUUGCUGACCCUGUGUUUCAGAGGUGCAUUAGUAUCAUUCAGACCCAACAAGUGGCAAAGGUUGAUCCUGUUUCUGCUGGGAUGCAGUAUGAUAAAGAGUUUGUUGUGUGCUCUCUUGAUCUGCUCUCUGGACUUGCUGAGGGUCUUGGUAGCGGGAUAGAGAGUUUGGUUUCACAGAGUAGUUUGAAGGAUAUGCUUUUGCAAUGUUGCAUGGACGAUGCUUCGGAUGUCCGGCAAAGUGCCUUUGCUCUACUUGGGGAUCUUGCAAGAGUUUGCCCCAUUCAUUUGCACCCUCAUUUGUCUGCAUAUCUUGAUGUCGCAGCUAAGCAACUGAACACCCCAAGGCUGAAGGAAACUAUUUCAGUGGCGAACAAUGCAUGUUGGGCUAUUGGAGAAUUGGCAGUCAAGGUUCGUCAAGAAGUUGCUCCUGUUGUUAUGACAGUUAUCUCAUGCUUGGUUCCCAUACUUCAACAUGCGGAGGAACUGAACAAGUCACUGAUAGAAAACAGUGCAAUCACACUUGGAAGGUUGGCCUGGGUCUGUCCUGAUCUUGUAUCACCCCACAUGGAACAUUUCAUGCAAGCAUGGUGCAUUGCUCUAGCUAAAAUACGUGAUGAUAUUGAGAAAGAGGAUGCCUUCCGAGGUCUAUGCGCUUUGGUCAGGGCAAAUCCAUCGGGAGCUCUGAGUUCACUUGUUUACAUUUGCAAAGCUAUUGCAAGUUGGCAUGAAAUAAGAAGCGAGGAGCUGCACAAUGAAGUUUGCCAGGUCUUGCAUGGUUAUAAACAGCAGAUGCUUAGAAAUGGAGCAUGGGACCAGUGCAUGUCUGCUUUGGAGCCACCAGUGAAGGACAAGCUGUCAAAGUACCAAGUGUAAUGUUCUGAUUCCAGUUGGCACUUUCGUUCAGCAUUCAGUUUUACUUGCUGUGUAUCCUUGUCGAUGCUAUGGUCAAUUUGUGUGUCAUCCGAUGACGUUGAAACUAGGAUCACCUAAUCAACAAGGCCAAAUCUUUGUCCCAAUUUUUUCGGCCAAAGCACCAGUCUCGCCUGAAGUUUUAGCUAUUGAUAUGAGUCUUUAAAAUUCAGAUAGAUUGGCUUGUUGGAAUUGUCUGGGUUGGGAGAAAAGAAGGAUCUGAGAAUAAAAAUGCGGAUCUGGUGUACAGGAAUUUGGCUUCUCGAGGUUCAUUUUCAAUGUUUGUGCUGAAAAUAUGUUACGUUCAGGGUAAUUGUUUUUUUAACUUGGUCAUGAUUUUCCUUGAUAGCUUACACAAAUUUUGUAAAAGGGUAUUUUGGCAUUCAGUAUUAUGGGUGUCUCAUGGUCAUGGUAUAUUCCAGUUCUGUAAUUGGCGCAAGGAGCUCCGGGGAUGAGUUAAGUAAUUCUUGAUGCAUUCAGCAACUGUUGAUUAGGUUUACUACAACAAUAAAUGUCUUUAUAACAACAGAUUUUUGUGAAUUGAUUGAAAUCUGAGUUUUGAUGAUCAUCAAUAUGGGAAUGGUGUGAUUUUUAACCA